UAGCACAAACAGCCUACAUUCGUUUUAAAUGCGAAGAUAAAAAAUAAAUAUUAGCUGCCUAUCUUAAGCACUCAGUAGGGAUGGCCUAGCAUACGUACUAUAUUGCUAAUUAUAAAGGUUUUGUGUGGAACAAAUUUCACGUGAAUUUUGAAGAAAACUAUUUUACGUUGUUGCUUCUGGUAUGUGAGGAAUGGAGAUGAAGGUGAAGCAUCUUUCUGACCCAGUGGACAGAUAAUGUGGACCAUGCGGAACCGUGCCUAUAAAUAUUAAAAAUGAAAGUCUGGAGGACAUUUCAGUGAUCUGGAGAAGGAUAAGAACACUACGUUUUGUAAGUAUAGAUUUAUAUUUAAUAAACAUUUAUUGAUUUUCUAAACAUUACAGCGUUGAAAGCAAAUUAAACCGAAGUUUGCUACAUUUUAUGUAUUUGUUGGACAAGAUUAACACAUUCUCUGUUUUCAUGUAAAGAAUAUUACAGUCAUGUCACAGCUGGUGUUUAUUUUGGUGUUUCAUGCUCUCACAUUUCUUCAAAUCACAGCAGAGGAAGAAUGCCAAGCAUCUGAAGUGUUGAAGCUGAAGGAAGAGAUUCGUAAGCUGAAUAAUAAAUUGCUGAUUGGGGAAUGGAAAGUUAUGCAUCUGCGUAAUCACCGACGCUUUAAGCUGCUCCCAAACCUGGAACACAAGACCCCUGAAAACAACACUGAACCUUCACCCACCCUACCAAGUACUGGAGGCUCAUUGAUAGUUCAUGACAAAGAUUGUUCAGAGUUAUAUGACAGGCUAAAACCAGGAAGCGGAUUCUACAGGAUUAAACCCAAACUAUCAGUUGAACCAUUCCUUGUGUACUGUGACAUGGAAGAUGGUGGAGGCUGGACUGUGAUUCAGAAACGGAUCAAUGGGAAAAUCGAUUUUGACAGAAAGUGGGAAGAGUAUAAAAAUGGAUUUGGUAAUUUUCAGUCGAGUAGAGAUGAAUUCUGGCUUGGGAAUGAUCAUAUUCAUGCCCUGCUUAAUGAUGGUGAAAAUGUGAUGAAAAUCGAAUUGAUGGACUGGAAAGGAAACAGAUCCUAUGCCAUGUAUGACAACCUCAGAGUGAAAGAUGAAAAGGACAAGUACAGGCUGCACUACGGGAUGUACAGUGGUCAGGCAGGAGAUGCCCUGUCCGGAGGGGCCAAUAUGGUGGAGCAGUGGUCAGCCUCUCACAACGGCAUGCAAUUCAGCACCCGGGACCAGGAUCACGAUCGCUAUCUGCAGGGAAACUGUGCUGUUGAAAACAGGGGGGGCUGGUGGUAUAACAGGUGUCACGCUGCCAAUCUUAAUGGAAAAUUUUACAGAGGUGGAGAGUACAAAGCCAAGCAUGAUAAUGGUGUGGUGUGGGGCACCUGGAGAGGACUGUGGUACUCUCUCAGACACACAGCCAUGAAGGUCCGGCCCAGCUCCUACAUGGAUAACUUAGGGAGUGGAGUAGGACCUACUGAGUAGCACGACAGCUGAACAGUCUCAUCAUGCACAUUUAUGUAUUUUGCAGUGCAUUAACUAUAAGAUUUACAAGAUAUGUGCCUGAAGUAAGAAAGGAUCUUGUUGGGAGAAAAGAAAAGAUGCAUCUUGGUAAACUGAAUAAAUACAUUAGCUUACAUAUCACA